AUGAAUAUUUAAAGUGGGCCAUUAUAAACAAACUAAGUUAGCUUUUAAUCAUAAUUUAAGUAUAAUUCUUAGCUGAAUUUGACUCAAGGUGAGCAAUUAGAUUAGGUUUAAAGAUAGAAACAUCAUCAUAAUUAAAAAUAAUAAAAUAAUAUCAACUUAGAAACUAAACACCAUCAUUUAUAGAAAGAUAAAAAGUAAAUUAAAAGCGAUGAUGAGAAUGAAGCUACAAAACAAUCAAAACACAGAAAGGAAACCAUUAUAAGUAAAAAAUAUACCAGUAAAGGUAGUCAAAAAUACGAUAAUAUUUUUGAGGGAUUUGGAGAUUUGCUAUUUGAUGAAGAGGACUAGAGUAAAAAAGACAAUUAGACUACUGAUAAAAAUAAUUUGACAUCACCAAAAGCAGAUGAUCCUUCUGAUAAUUAAAAUAUUUUGAAAAAUAACACUAAUUAAAGCAACUUCAAUAUGGUUGAUCCUAAAAUUUGCUUAGACAUGGAUCCAUUUAAUAUUUAGAGUUAAACAAACUAGCAAAACUAGUAAAUAAAUUUGGAUUUUGGUACAACACUUAACAAAGAAAUAGUAGACUAGUAGAACACUCAAAGGAAUCUAAAUCUUAAUUAAGACUAAGUUACACAAAAUAUAAAAUUACCAUCUUCUAAUUAAUCAAAUGAAUAAGAAUAGAUAAAAAAUUAUUAUAAUUUAAAUUCUAAAGAUUAAAAUUAGCAGAUCAAUAUCUAAUAACCAAAUUAAUUAUUUGGAAAUUAGAUUGUAUAAGGUUUUUACUCUUAGAGACCUAACUAAUAAUAUUAAGUAGAAUAUCUUUCUUUGCUAUUUACUGAUGAAUAAGAUAAUAAUAAUAAUAAUAAUAGUAAUCAAUUAAACAAUGAAGUUAAAAAUAAAAACAAGAUAUUCUUCUUCUUCUUGAUGCUACUUCUAUUUAUUAUAUAUUCUUUAUUUGGUUAUAUUGUUAUUUUUAUCAUUUUUAUCAUAUCUGCUUUUAGAGAAAUUAGAGGUAAAUUGUCUAAAGUUUGCAUAUUAUUUUGGACUCUAACUAGCUGUGCUGCAACACUUUAUGUUUUUGGAAUUUAAUUCUAUUAUUAUAUCAGUGAUACUAAGGUAUAAUAUCUCUUAUUUGAUAUCAAUAGUUUUUAAUUAGCAGUCAUGUUAGUUAUUUCAUAUGUGAGAGCUUGCUAUGUAGAGAUUAUAGAUUAAUCUAAUAUGUUCAAAUCAGUUUUAAAUUUUGAUACAUUUAGAGGUCUAAUCUAUCUAAAUAGCUCUUCUAAAGAUUCUGAGGCUUCUCUUUUUGAUAUACCUUUCAGUGAACCAAUUUCAGCUUAAAAUAUUCAGCAAAGAUACUCUCUGCUAACUAUUUCACCAAUUCCUUCAUAGCUUAAUUAUUCUAUUAGUAAACUACUAAGCGGAUUUUAGGAUUAUUAUUAUCCUAAUUUCCAUCAGUAUUUAAUAAUUGUCUGUAUUUUGAUUCUUAAAUUUGUUUUAGGAUUUUACUAUUUAUAUAGUAAGCAUAACCAUAUUAACAUAAGAUAUGCUAUCGAUAUUACUAUAACGGUGUUCGUUUAUCUUUACUCAGCCUUUAUUUUAAUUAGAAUUCUGGGAAAUUACGACCUUAUAAGAAAAGCUGAUCAAAUGAAUAAUCUGAAUGAUUCAAUAAACUUUUAAAAUCUUAAAUAAGAAAAGUAUCAAGAAAAACUUGAUUUUACUUGUCCAAUAAGUCUCGAAACUUGGGAUAACGCGCGUCAGUAUGUUUGUUCUAUAGAUCUUGAGUUUCUUUCUGAAUUAGAGUAUGCAUAUUUUGGCUUGUUUUUUUACUUUAUUUUUGUAUCAGUUAUAAUCACCACAGCUUAUGGAGAAUUUUAUUGGAUUAUCCCUAAGGAAUCUAUACUACUUGAACCAUAUAUGGUUAUAUUAAAUACAUUUAACUUUUUAAUAGUUAAUAGCUUACUUUUCUUUAGGUUAUGGUAUGGUUAGCAGUUUAAUGAUACAUUCGAAUUGUAACAGUAGAGCCUUGAAUUUUUGAUGGAUAUUGUUGAAGACAUUUAGCUAAUGUAUGAAGCUUACUUUGAGCCAUUCAGGUUUGCAAAUGAGCAAAUAAUAGUUUAAUAAAAGCAAUAUGGCCAAAAUAAAGUAGAUAUAGAGAAUAUCAAAAGACAGCAAAGAGAAAAAUAUAUAGCUUAGUAUUUAACUGAAGUAUAAAGCAGGAGUGAAUAGUAAAUCAUCACUCAAAAAGAUAUAACUGUUGACAAAUACUCAAUAUAAGGACUACUAAUAUAAAGAGUAAAAUAGACAAGCAACUUUUAUAUAGAUGAAAAGGUGCAAUACUAAGGAAAAGUGUAUUAAAAAUAGGACAAAGCUUUAUUAAGAAAAAAAAUUCUAAAAAAUAUUUAUCUAAGUCUUAAUAAAGUGAUUACUUCUAUCAAAAAUGAUGCUGAAAAAUAUUAGUAUCAGUUUUUAAACUGCAUACCAGUUUCAUUUUCAAAUACUCUUACAACAUUUGCAGUUGCUUUAUUUACUCUUCUUCCUUAAGUGAUACCCAAAUUCUUAGGCUUCUACUAAGAUAUUAGUUAGAAUUCUAAAUGA